AUGGCCGCGACCUCAGGUUCCAGUCACCAACCGGACCUGGAGAUGGGAGCAGCGGCUUGCGUCUUGGGGACCACCUGGCGAGGCUCCUCCAUGUCCGCGAGGGGCGCUCGGCGUGGAACUAGCACCAGCGUGGUGGGCGCAUUGGGAGUACCCAGCGGGGCCCUCUGCGUGCACGGUGGUGGGGCUGACCGCUGCUGGGAGAACACGACCUGCGCUGCCCUGCGCGCCGCGAGACACGGCAGGACCCCUAGCGGAGGUGGGACCCGCGCGGAGAAGAAACAGGAGGAGAAAAAGGAGAAGCCGCCCAAAAAGCCCAAGUCACCGCAGCCCAAGGAUGAAGUGGGCACCAGGAAAAAGUGUCGCCGGUACCGCUGGGAACUCAAGAGUAACAACAAAGAAUUCUGGGUCAUGGGGCACGGCGAGGUCAAGUUCCUAGGUUUGGGCUGCCUGAUAGCAGCACUGAUCCUGUUUAAUGGGUUGUCGGCGCAUCCCAUCCUGACGCUCAUCAUCACCAUGGAGGUGUCCAUCCUCAUCUUCUUCAUCAUCAUCUACAGCUUCGCCAUCAACAGAUACAUGCCCUUCAUCCUGUGGCCCAUUGCAGACCUUCUCAAUGACCUGUUUGCAUUUUGCUUCCUCUUGGGGGCCGUGGUCUUCUCUGUGAGAAGUCGACCGACCUUGCACUUGCACUACUUCACAGCCGUGAUCUUUACUGGUUUGGCUGGACUGUUUGCUUUAAUUGAUUUAUGUCUUCAAAGAAAGCACUUCAAGGGCAAGAGGGUCAAAAGGAAUGUGCUGGUUCCUCCUCCAGGAAAGGACAAGGACAAAGACAAAGAAAAGGAAGGUGAAGCAGAAAAGGAAAAGCCAAAGGAGGCUGAAGCAGCCCCGGACAAGGCAAAGGAGGAGAAAUGA